AUGCUAGCUAAGGGUGGUUUAAGAACUAAUCAAGGUACAGGAGAGGUUCAAACGCUAGCUAAGGGUGGUUUAAAAACUGAUCAAGUUACAGGAGAGGUUCAAACGCUUCCUAAGGGUGGAUUUAGAACUGAUCAACGUACAGGAGAGGGUCAAAAGCUAGCUAAGGGUGGUUUAAGAACUGAUCAAGGUACAGGAGAGGUUCAAACUCUAGCUAAGGGUGGAUUAAAAACUGAUCAAGGUACAGAAGAGGUUCAAACGCUAGCUAAGGAUGGUUUAAGAACUGAUCAAGAUACAGGAGAGGUUCAAACGCUUGCUAAGGGUGGUUUAAGAACUGAUCAAGGUACAGGAGAGGUUCAAACGCUUGCUAAGGGUGGUUUAAAAACUGAUCAAGUUACAGGAGAGGUUCAAACGCAAGCUAAGGGUGGUUUAAGAACUCAUCAACGUAGAGGAUAG